AUGGCGCCGCCUGAGGCGAGGGCGCGCAAGCGCCGGCGCAGCGACGACGCCCGCUGCGAACGGCCUGCUGAGGGAGGGGAGAGUCCUGCGGCGCGGAGCCGUGAGCAGAGAGGCACCAAACCGCCAAAAUGCGCGCGAACCGCGGCGACCGACGUCGCCACGUCUCUCCCCAAGACUCGUCGUCCUGCUGGCGGGGCUUGCCUGGAGGUCGCGACGGAUCGGGCGCCUCCUCGCCCCCAGCGCGCAUCGGCUCCUUCUAACUCGUGGCACUCUGCGUCUUCUGCCUCUUCUCGGUCCGAUUCUCUGCACUCAUUUUCUUCUCUCCGUCAGCCUUCUGCUUCCUCGCGUCUCCCCCGCUCUUCUGCGACUCCUCAUCCUUUUUCUCAUCCUGUGUCGUCUUUUUCGGUGUCUUCUUCGAAGCCUGUGAGACGGAACGCGGCUCGCGCGCGUUUCGUCUCGCGCCGCGCCCUGCGGCUCCGCCUGCUCGCUGGCGCCCUCCUGUACCGGCGCCUGACCCGCUGCGAGCGCCUCUCGGCAUGCAGCCGCCCCAGACGGCAGCCUGAAGCGAACGCGCCGUCGCCUCUCUUUGCCAACGUCCUCCACGCUUCCGCAGCGUGGGCCGCUGGUGCCUGGACUCGCGACGAAUUCUCGAAUCAAGGGCUGCAGAAGGUCGCGCGGAGAAGGCUCGACGCUGAAUGCAGCGGAGGACGCACGGAGAGUGCGCGCAAAGGAAAACUCGGCUCACGGCGCGUGACCCAGAGAGCCCUCGUAAAAGACGCCGGCAGGGAGAGAGAAGGAAGAACCAGAGACACAAGGAGCGACAUGUCCAACGGGGACAAGAAGGUGAAGCGAGACGCUCCGCGUCCAGCAGGAGGCGAAACCGGCCCGAGAGAGAGCUCAGCGCCUCUGAACCCGACGGCAGCAACCCGAAGCGCACUUGUGCGAGCUCAAUGGCGCCGCGUCCAACGCCUGGCCGAGAAGCAGCUGCCAACAGGCGAGCGAAGAGAGGCUACAGGUGGUAGUGAAGAAGUAGGAGGCAACGAGGACGUUGAACCCGAGGCGAGCGACGCCGGCGAAGGCGCCGGUGAAGAAGGCACAGACACAGGCGGAGAGGGGGGGGCAGAGGACAGCGAAGAUGGCGAAGACGACGCGGACGAGGGAGUUCGUGCGGAAGGUGAGGAGGAAGACGAGGCCGCGCGAGAAGACGCGGACGAACUCGAAAAAGGCGACGAAGAAGACGAAAAGGAUGAAGGGGACGCUGCGCGUGUCGUGGAACGUGGAGAGAGCGACUUGUGGACGGAGGGCGUGAUUCCUCUCCACUGUCGUGCGCCGACGGCUGCGGCGUACAGGGCGCGGCUUGCUGACUUGGAGGCGCUGCUGUCGCGGCAAGGCGUGGCGCACGCUACCCUCGCUCUUUCGUGUCUCGUCUCUGAAGUUGGCUCCGUCUGGCGUGCGCAGGGGGGGGAUCCGGGUGCCGAGUCCCUCGCGAAUGGCCGUCAGGCGGAAGAAGCGAAGAAGACUCGGCGCGAGGCGAAGCAGCGCGGAAACGUGCAGGGGGUCUGGCACGCGGCCAGCGUGGCGCCGGCGAACCCUCAGGAGGACGAGAAGGGGGGUUUGGAUGCGCGUUUCAGCAGAUACCGCGCCGAAAUGCGGAGAUUCUGGGUUGCGAAGGAGCAAGACGUCUUCCGCUUCCUGCGGCAGUGCUGCACUGUGCAGGGUUUGCAUCGCGCCGCACCCGCCGCGUCCAGCCCGCGGGCAUCCCGUCGACGCCGAGGCGAGGCGAGCCGCGCCAGCGACGACGACGACGAUGACGAAGACGCGAGUGAGAUCGUUGCAGAGCAGGGGGACAAGAAGAAUGCGAGGGCUGUGCCGAGUCUAGAUUCGCAUCGCACGACUGGAGCGCUGAAGCAGGCGACGCCUGUAUCUGCAAAGCUGACAGACGGACGGCAAUGUGCGUUCUACCAAGCCCUUCUUCGAACGAAUCUGCACGUUGCGGCGCAGGCCGCAGACGUGAGCGAGGCUGCGGUGUGCGCGGCUCUCUUGCUGAGGCAGGUCCAGAGGGCCGCGCCCCUGGGUCCACGAGAAGUUCGGGAGACGGCAAGCAGUGUCGUGGCUGCGCCGGGAGGUAGGGCGGCGCGGCGCAGGCCUGAGGGCGACGGUGCGGCUGCAAGGGAGGCAGACUGGAGAGGUGGAGCGGAGGAGGGGCGGAAGCGCUUCGUGCUUCUGCAGGCGGCCUGCUCGCGGCUUUCCAUCGUGUGUGUGAGAGCCGCGACGCAGCCCCUGGUGGGCGCUGCUGCGCAUGCGCCGUCCGCAUCUCAGUUCGGCUCUUUGUCCUCCAUCGGCACAAAUGCAACGAUUCUAGAGUGUCUGCGCGCGGUGCAGGUCCUCUGCGAGCAGCUCGCGGGCGUCGACGCCGAGGAGGAGAGCCGAAGAAGUCGCACGCCGCGGGGCGGGCUGGCGGCGCCUGAUCGAGGCGCGGGGGGAGAAGAGGUCUCUCUGGGCGCGGCGCUGGACGCGUGGGAGGCGUGCGGCGGGAACGCGCUGACGCAUUCGGCGACAGCUGCGCGGCCUCGUGAGGCGCGACUUCGAUUCGUGGCUGUCGUGAGGCUUGUGAAGGACGUGUGUCGAGAGCUGCGCCUGGGCAACGUGGCGCGGGUCCUGAAGGUGGUGGCGCGCCUCAAACGCCUGGUGAAGUCUGUCGUGGUACGAGGGUGUGCCGCUCAGCGGCGCGGCGGCUCAGAGACUCCCGCUUGCGGUUCUUAUGACUCCGACCAGCGACGAGCGGAGUCGGCAGGCGACGCGGCAGACCGGGCACGUGGCUCUCGUACGAGCCCACCUAGUGGUGCUUCCUGGACUGCGGUUCCUGCCGAGGUGUGUCGCGGACCGAGUAUCGAGCUGCUGUUGACGGUGCUGUGUCUCCUCGAAGUCUUCGUGAACGAUCUGCGCGCGGCCGGCGCAGAGGUCUUCUUCAGGGCGGCCUCUCGACACAGCGGCCUCGAAAAGAAAGGCUCGCGCUUGCAAGACAUGCUCCGAAGUCUCCCGGUAGGACCUGCAGGCGCGGGGAUGGCUGUCGACAGGGCAAAGGUGCCGAGUGGGCCGCGCAAAAAGGCUGCGACGUCGAGUUCAAGUUCAACAGACGCUUCGAGCACCAGUCUGUGUGCGGCUGUCUGCUCGCCGCUCGCAGAAGCCAGGGAAUUUACUCCGACUCUGCCCCUGUCGAUUCAGCGGAUUCUGCAGACCGGCAGUUGGCUCAGCGAAAGUACCGCAGACCUUCAGGCCGCCGCGCAGAUGUCGUCGGUGGAGCCCUUAGCAGCGGUCCCGGGCGGUGCUGCCCGCGCAAACAGAACAGAGCCAAAACGUGUCCCUUCAAGCCUCUCACAGCUGCUGCCGCUGGAUGCCAUUGUCACCAGUCAAACCAGCCUGCGGAAAACAAAGUCUGCCGGCGUUUCGUAG